UCUUCCGGUGCGGCGCGGGACCGGCGCCGGAAGUGCCUCCAUAGCGGUCGGCAGAGAGCUGUGGCGGGGGGGUUCGCCGGCGCCAUGGUGGAGGAAGUCCAAAAGCAUUCUGUGCACACACUUGUGUUCAGAUCUUUGAAAAGAACCCAUGAUAUGUUUGUAGCUGAUAAUGCCAAGCCUAUCCCUUUAGAUGAAGAAAGUCACAAAGUAAAGAUGGCAGUCAAGCUGCGUACUGAGUAUGGCUCAGUGUUACACAUGCCUACUCUUAAAGAAAACUUGAGAGAGAAAGGAGGCCCAAACACCGGGGAUCCUUAUGGACACAAACAGUAUUCUGGAAAUCAAGGGCAAGAAAUGGAGUAUAUGAUAACUGGUACACAUCCAUACCCACCUGGACCUGGUGUGGCUCUGACAGCAGAUACUAAGGUCCAGAGGAUGCCUAGUGAAUCUGCAGCACAGUCCUUAGCUGUAGCACUUCCUGCUUCUCAGUCCAGGAUGGAUGCAAAUCGGACAGCUGCUGGCGUGGGCGAUAUUUACAGGCAUGCUGGGAUCUCGGAGCGCUCGCAGCCUCCUGGAAUGUCUGUGGCAAUGGUGGAAGCUGGUGGAAACAAAAAUUCUGCGUUAAUGGCAAAGAAGGCUCCAACCAUGCCCAAACCUCAGUGGCAUCCACCUUGGAAACUGUACAGAGUUAUCAGUGGUCACCUGGGCUGGGUGAGAUGUAUUGCAGUAGAACCAGGAAAUCAGUGGUUUGUCACCGGCUCUGCUGACAGAACUAUAAAGAUUUGGGACCUUGCUAGUGGUAAAUUGAAAUUGUCUUUGACGGGACACAUCAGUACUGUACGAGGGGUGAUAGUAAGCGCAAGAAGUCCGUACCUCUUUUCUUGUGGAGAAGACAAACAAGUGAAAUGCUGGGAUCUUGAAUACAAUAAGGUUAUCAGACAUUACCAUGGUCAUCUAAGUGCUGUCUAUGGUUUAGACUUGCAUCCAACAAUAGAUGUACUGGUAACAUGUAGCAGAGAUUCAACAGCACGAAUUUGGGAUGUGAGGACGAAAGCCAGUGUGCACACACUCUCAGGACACACAAAUGCGGUAGCGACAGUGAAAUGCCAAGCUGCAGAACCUCAAAUUAUUACAGGCAGUCAUGAUACUACCAUACGGCUCUGGGAUUUAGUGGCAGGAAAAACUCGAGUUACUUUAACAAAUCACAAGAAGUCUGUAAGAGCAGUAGUGCUACAUCCAAGACAUUACACAUUUGCAUCUGGUUCUCCGGAUAAUAUUAAACAGUGGAAAUUCCCAGAUGGAAACUUCAUUCAGAACCUCUCUGGUCACAAUGCUAUUAUCAACACGCUGGCUGUUAAUUCCGAUGGUGUUCUGGUCUCAGGAGCUGAUAACGGUACUAUGCAUCUUUGGGACUGGAGAACUGGAUACAAUUUCCAGAGAGUACAUGCAGCUGUACAACCAGGCUCUUUGGACAGUGAAUCAGGAAUAUUUGCUUGUGUUUUUGACCAGUCAGAAAGCAGAUUGCUAACUGCUGAGGCUGAUAAAACCAUAAAAGUAUACAAAGAAGAUGAUACUGCGACUGAAGAAACUCAUCCUGUCAGCUGGAAACCAGAAAUUAUCAAGAGAAAGCGAUUUUAGUGCAGCAACACACCUAUGCUGUAGUUUUCUUUUGGCUUUCCUGAAAGCAUUCAGUCACGUUUUGUUCUGCCUGGAACAGCAGAGCAGGAAGUCAGCUAAGUCAUUGCUAUUUCAACAUGUUUUAUAAUAAAUUUUAUUUCUCUUUCCUUUUGUCUUUUUUUUUAGUGUGAUCCCAGCAAACCAGAUGCAGCUGUUAAAUUUCUCUUUGUGGAGCAUGUAUAGUUCAUGAGAAGGAUAGAUGUGCAGGUGGUUACUUUUUUAUAUGAAUUUAUUGAGUGGAAAUCUAAAAAUAUUUUGAGCCAGGUUUUCUGAGAGACAUUUGCUUGACUCCAAAAGAUAAUUGCAAAUUUAUGCAUAGAAGCCAUCUACUGGAAAUUUCUUGAGUGACACUUCUAGAUUUUAGAACAGUAUUGAUUACUGUAUAUAUGUUAAGUAUAUACUGUAAUGGAACAGUAUAUAUUCUAAAGUACAGAGUAGUAAAGUAAUCAAGAAAGCAGGACAAUAUAGUAAUAAUGUAGUUUGCUUUAUAAACACAGCCAUUGAGCAUUGCCAGUGCUGUGUUAUUGAAUGUAAUGGAUCUACAAAGUGUCUCUUUCCCCGAGAGAGCUUUCAUAUACAACUACUCAUCUUAACUGAGUUCACUUCAGAGCGGACCUUCUGUAGCCAGGACCACUAUCAGAUCAUUGUUCACAGGGAUAUGACCAGUUGAUACUCUUUGUAAAUCCCCUGUUUGUUUUUUCCUGUUAUCCAAAGCAUACAUGACACCAGAGUACAGUGAAGUUCUAGAACUGAGGUCUAAGAGCAAAAGCUCUUAAAUCAUACCAGCCUUAAUUUUACAUGUUGCUGUCUUCCCAUGAUCUUAUGAAGGAAUUUGAAAUCAAUAAAAAGAAAUUACUGAAAGACAAUUUGUAUUCCUGAAGGGACAAAUCUUUCAUUGUGUUUACGAUCACAUGCAGGAAACCUGUAAGCCUCCUUGCUACAGCUUAUCUGUGAUGUAAAGCACUUUCUCUUCAUGGGAAGAGAAAAGCAUUAAGUUGUCAGACCAUUCAGUUAUUGGCAACUUUGCUGGCAGUGUUAGUAGCUGCAGUGGCAAACUUCAUAGUGGGCAGAUGUUGAGAAUUUUUCUGUGGCCACGGCAUACAUAGGAAGCAGUUCACAAUAAUUAUUUCUAUUCUGUGCCAGUCUGUCUUCUUUCAAAUCUGAGAUUUAUGUUAGAGAAAUGACAGUUGCUUGCAAUGUAUCUUACAUAAAGCUAGUCAAACUAAGUGUUUAUAUUAUGAGAAUUUUUGUCUUGUCUUUUAUGGUGCACAGGUCUUGUAUUUAUAAUUUGAAUGCUUGACAAUGUCAUUUUAAGGGACUCCAUGCUGCAUAAAUAACUGAAUAUUGGUUGACAGCUGUUGUCUGAAGCAUCUUCACAAAAGAGGGGAGUAUUUGGUAUUUACAAGUUGGAUUGAACAUCUUUCAUUUGGAUAAUAGUUUGAAUUUUUCUAGAUCCUUAUUAUAUCUGUUUUCAUUUUAACUAAUAUGACAGGGGAAAACACAGGUUGUAGCUUAUGUGUAUUUUAUACUGCUGCUAAUGCUUCAUUCCAGAAAGCGAUGAAGCAUCGGUGUUACACAGAAUUUUUCUGCUUAUAGUGGAAUCCUCUGUAGGAAACCAGAGUGGUGAACAGUAACUUAUCUGAAAAAGGGGGUGGUUUUUUGUUGUGAUUUUUCUCAUUUGUGUUUUUUGUACAAGUGUCCAUUUCUUAUAAUUUGGAAUCAGGAAGAGGAAAUGAGAGGUUUUGGCUCACAGUUCUAGCACAUCUCUCCACGGGCACUUCCUUCAAAAACUGCAUUUAUUCCACUGUUUAUUGCUUUGAAGAGAGAUUACAAAGUCUCCAGCAGAACCUGUGUUUCUUCCCUGGACUUCUGCAGGAAUCUGGCAGCAUGGGGCAGUACUUGCCAGGGCGUUCUUUGUGCCCUGGGUAAGAAUUUGGUUUGCAAUUUAAAGGCUAUGCACUAUUACUUGGAAUAUACUUCUUCUUUAUGGCUGCAUUCUAUACUGUCCCAGUUCUUAGUGUGAGGUUUUCUUAAUUGUGUUCUUUAACAUUUGAUUUGCAUGUUCAUUUCCUUCCCAAGCAGUUUUUGCAGUUUUUUUCCUCACUAGACAGUAAUGUGAGUAUCAUCACAUAUAGUUUUAUAAAUAUUGUUUAUGAUACAUUAAGAUUAUCGGAUUUCAUUUAAGUGCUUCUCUAGUGCAAAGUAAGCCUAGAUAGUGAGUUGUGAUACACGUGUAUCUGAUUGCAUAGGACACAUGGUGACAUUAGAUUUGUCCAUGUAAGUCAUAAGGUGAAGCAAAAGAGGAGGAUUUGGUCUACUGAUGUAUUUUUCGUGCUUCUGGGAAGUGCCACACUGCAAUGUCAGUUAAAGUAGUCUUGAAUGGGAGUCUAAUCUCAGAAAACAAUUAUUUUCAUUUAUUUCAUAGAAUUUGAUGUUGUCUUCUGUAUAUGAUCAGAUCAUAUGCAUUUCUACCACAAACCCUGGGUUUUGUUUUAUACUGUACAUAAUUGCAAAGAAGUAAGAAAGUGUUUUUUGUUUGUAACAUAAUUCAGAAAUGUUACUGGUAAGUGAUAAAUUUUAAGAUCACUGCUGUAUACUAUAAUAUACAAGGUAAGCUAUGCAGCUGGAAUGCUGUCAUUUGCUGGCAGCAUGAAAGUUGUGCAGAACGAUAUGUCUUUGGCAAUUUAAAGGCUUACAGAAGUAAAUCUUUAAUAGCCAGUUCCUUUUUAAUCCUGUUCUAAGAAAUAAAAGUGCUAUGCCUGAUUUAAGUGACAGCAAUUUAACCAUCAAUAAAACCCUCAAUACAA